AUGAGUACGUCACCCUCCACCGUCUCUUUUGAAUAUCACGAACUGGCCAUCCGCACCCUCUCCACCAAUGGAGUCACCCAAGGCUCAACCAUCCGGGGCUCUUUGUUCCUCCCGGACCUCUCCACUGACACCUGCCGGAGUCAGACGGAACCUUAUGUGAACAAAACCGCCACCACCCUCAAACAAACUCCUCGCGUUGGCAAUUUUCACGAAAUCGCAUUCGCACCAUGGACCUCUUCGCAAUGCAUCUACGAAUAUCUGGAAAGUGCUCGUCAAGAUCCCCAGCUGAAAGCCUUUAUUUUCUUCGUGACGGACAAUAAUAGCACAGCCACUCCGCCCGCUCCGAGCGAUCCGAUGUGGCACUUAGAAGAUGGUGGCAACUGGAAGUCCGAGCAAAGUUUUGCCAUAUAUGCCGUCUCCAAUGUUGUCGGCAGCAAAGUGAUGGAACAACUUGCGGCCUAUUCCGGGAACCUCACGACCGUACCAUACGGACACGACCUCGCGGAGCAGAUUGAUGCUAGUGAAUGGGUCCGUCUGAUAGCUUCGAUACAGACAAGCGGCGGGAAUAGAUUACCAAGCCUUUGGGUUUUCCUUCUCAUCAUUCUUGGUCUUCUCGUUGCCGUCAUCUGCAUCUCAUCUUUUGUGAUGCAUUGGCUGCAGAGCAGAAGGCGCAACAAUCUACGUUCCCGUGUUAUCCGGGGCGAAGUAGAUCUCGAAGCCCUUGGGAUCAGACGUCUAACCGUUCCGCAAGAAGUUCUUAACAAAAUGCCCCUUUAUAUAUAUACCGACAGACCUGCGACACCUCCAGCAGAACCUCAGCACAAUCCAACGGAAGAGAUCAAAGAAAACGGAGUUUCUCACAUCAAGGGGGCGUCGCAGCCAAGCUCGUCUCCCGAAGUCCGCCCCGCCACCUACUGUCAACCGACUUGCGCAAUUUGUUUGGAUGAUUUUGUCGCCGGCGAAACGAGCGUUCGGGAGCUUCCUUGCCGUCACAUAUACCAUCCAGAGUGCAUAGACAGUUUUCUGCGCGACAACUCAUCUCUCUGCCCGUUAUGCAAAACGACGGUCCUCCCCAAAGGAUAUUGUCCCGCCGUCAUCACUAACGCAAUGGUCAGGCGCGAGCGCUGGGUUCGCCGCAUCCGCUCGCGCGCUGCCUCACAGGGCAUCACACAAGCCGAACUAGUGCAAGAGCAGCAGCGCAUGAUGGCCGAAGAGCGGUACCGACCGGGUCUGUUGAAUGCGUUUGCCAUAUGGACAAUGGGCAACCGGCCCUCGCGGCGGGAGCAGCGCGGAGAUGUCGAAAUGCAGCGGACGAGCCCCUCGACCGCCGACGCCGCCACGGCCGCUGAACAGCAACUACCGGCUGCUCCGGCUCCGGUAGCGGUGCCCGCAGGGGCCUCGACCGAUGCAACAAAUAUGACUCCUGUCAGUCCUCGCCCUGAACGCGGCACUGCGUCACGGCGUGAAUGGGCGCGCCAGCGUGCUCUUGCGCUGUUGGGACGGCAUCGCCACCAUUCCGAUCUCGUCGAUGAGGACGAGGAGCCUCCACGCGGUCGGAUGCGCAAGGCACUCAGCCGUGUGUUCCCAGGCGUUUGA